AUGGUGGACUGGGCAAUGUCCGGACAGCCAUCUGGAGACAUUAAGCUGUCGUAUUUGAACUGCUCUAAGCAACAAAGAUAUUUGUAUUGGUCUACAAAUUCUCCGUUCUCCAUUCCUAGCUUGGCAGUGAUCUAUUGGGUUCUUUUUAUUGCAUACAAUAUCUUUUUAUUGAUAACACUGUUUUUUUACAUCAAAUACGGAUCCAACUACAUGCUUCGGAAACGAGGCUUCAAGGCUUGCAUUGCUUCAAGCAUCUUAAAUUUGAUUGUUUGCUCCUUCGUUUUUUGUUAUGAGGCUAACUAUGACUUUCCACAUAUCCCGCUGAUAUGGAUUUAUAAUUUCUUUAUCCCUAUGUUUGUUAUUGUUACCUGGGUUCUCAGAGGUCUAGACUUACUUCAAAAGUUCCAUUGUAACCGAAACAAGCUCUUGUCGUUGCGAAACUCAAAGAUCGACCUUGAGACGUCGGGUUACUCUGCAUUACAAGAAAAUGAGGUUGUUCAUGACAAGAUACAAGUAUUUGAUAAAUCCCUAUCAACUGGAAACAUAGAAAUCAAUGUUCCAGCCACCGUGCAAGAUUCUGACAAAAAAGCGCGAUCUUCUUCAGUUCAGUCGCUUCCUGACCAGUGCAAAAGUUCCACUGCCAUUUUUAGAGAUAACUCGUUGAAUCCCUCAUCACCUUACAACUUUAUUUCGUCUUUAAAUACCCCUUUAAAUAGAAAAGCAUCCUUGUCCCAGAAUUGCAAAAAGUGUACCUUUCGUUGUGCACCAUACGAUGGUCACGAUAAACUAUAUAACCAUGUGUCUUGCGAGUGUAGAAUUCUCGAUACUCAAAUACACGGUCGUCUCAAAGACGAAAACACUAGCCACGAUACUGAUACGGAAGAUAUUCCCGGUUUUGUUGGUGAUAAAAAUGUCUAUUACGCUAAAUCUUCAAAUUACGAUGGAUGUUGCUCAAAGAAACAUCCACCUUCUACUUUUGAUUACAAAUAUGAUGAAGAAUCUGCUAAUACAGCAAACCUUGAUCCUUUUUCCGCCGAUGCAAGCGAGUUGCCGUCUACUCAAUGUCAGUGCAGGCUUUGUUUUUGGAGCAGGAAGAUUUGCAGCCUCCCCGUUAUUCGAUCGAUUGUAUUCCUUUUCUUUGUGAUCACUAAAUCCAUUUCCUCUCUGUUCACUUAUAAAUUCUUUUACAUGUCUAAAUGUGGACCCCGGGUUUUUUUAUUACUUCUUCUUGUGAUUCACUUUGCUGUUUCUCUAUUUCUUCAUUUCAGAUUUAGCUCUCCUUAUAACAAUUCGGUACGGUUAAGCGAGCUGUACGGGCCUGCCAUUGUUGCAACGAUGGCAUAUACAUUUAUUGUCACCCCGGUUCUGCUAUACCAAGUAACUUCGAUCACUGAUGCAUUCGGGAUAAAAUAUGAUCUUCUGAUAACUUUCUUUGUCGCUUGUCCCGGGUUCUGCAUUCUGCUUCUUUGGACGGAUCUUGAUUUACUGCAGCCGCUACGAUCUUAUAUCCCAUCUUCGUUUAUACUUUUAAUUGGAGGAUCGUUCAUUCAUUGCGUAAUAAUCGUUUUGCCGCUCCUUUCAGCCAUGUUUGGAGAGGCCCAUCAUUGUUAUGGGAGCCUCGCGAAUUUGAGUCCCAAUUUUUCAGUAUCUUCGCCACACCUCCCAUUACUCCCUGUUGCGAAAUCAGACAAGAAAUCAUGCGCAAAUGGGAUCAGUUUCUCCAAGCAGCCAAAUACCAUUCUUUCCUUGAAUUCGCUCGGCCACUUGUCAUCUGUUAAAAAGUCACUCGCCAAGCUCAACUUCAAGUGCUCUUGCUUCCAUCAAUAUUCGCUUGAAGGAUUGACUCUAGAUAAUAUCUUCUCUGAUGGUCUUUUGCUUGCCAAAUUCAGAAAGUUUACGAUCACCGAGUUUGCGGUAGAAAACCUUUUGUUUUAUGAAAUAUGUAAAGAGUAUAAGCAGCUAUGGCCGGCAAGUGCGACGAUGACGAAUUUGCCUCAAAACCAACCUGUCGUUUUGAACCAGAAUCACGUGUUUAGCUGUUCUCUUGAAAAGACCAGUGAGCUGUUCCACGAGCCCGCAUUGCAAAUUUAUUCAAAGUUUAUAAGAUCAGGGUCUACAUAUGAGAUCAAUAUAAAUGGGCGCACGAAAAGGAAAAUAGAAGAGCGUAUCGUUGACUGUCUGAUAUAUGAAGACUUAUUUGACGAGGCCCUUGAAGAGGUAUCGCAGCUUUUAAUUUCGUGGUCCCUUCCUAGGUUUUUGGAAACCUUAAAUGAAAGCAUUAACCAAAGCUUUUCGAAAAUACCAUUUUAG